AUGGCUUCUUCGAACAACGUCUCGUCACAGGCGACACCCGUCCAUAAUGACCGCGUCUAUCUGCUGGCAAUAGUCACCUCAAUGGGUGCUUUUCUAUUUGGAUACGACUUGGCGUUUAUCGGAACCUCACUUGAGCUGUCGUCGUUCCAGAGGGAUUUUAAACUUGACGACGCAUCAGAGUCUACCAAAGAUGCCUUUUCAGCAAACAUUGUUUCCUUACUGCAAGCAGGAUGCUUUUUCGGCUCUCUGGCGGCCGCCCCUAUUGGCGACAGAUUGGGUCGUCGAAUUGCAUUAGGACUCGGUGCCGUCGCAUUCUUAGCUGGGUCGAUAAUGCAAACAGCCUCCGCGGGCUUCAAGGCCGUGAUGUUUGUUGGCAGAGUAAUUGGCGGUCUGGGGGUGGGAUCUGCCAGCAUGUUGGUACCUCUAUAUUCGGCGGAAUGCGCGCCGCCCAAAAUUCGAGGUCGACUGGUUGGAAUCUAUGAGAUCGGCGUGCAGACAGGAACAUGCCUGGGUUUCUGGAUCAAUUACGGCGUCGAACGCAAUAUGGCUCCAACAAAGUCACAAUGGAUGACCCCGUUCGCCCUUCAGCUCAUCCCCGGUGGCCUUCUAUUAAUAGGCCUUGUUUUCAUGCCGGAGUCGCCUCGGUGGGUGGCUAAAGCCAAUGGAAGGUCAAAGGCGAUGGAGACUCUGUCCCAGUUACGCAAUUUGCCUGCCGACCACCCGGCUGUACAGAGUGAAUUAGACGACAUUUUUCAGCAGCUCGCACAUGAGCAAGACAUGAGCUCUGACAGUCGGCUGGCAGCAUUGAAGGAGCUAUGCCAACCGGGACUCCGAUACCGCAUGUUUCUGGGAAUUGUUAUCAAUAUUUUCUUCCAGAUGGCUGGAUCGAAUGCGAUCAACUAUUAUUCCCCACGCAUUUUUCGCUCAAUUGGCCUCACAGGAACUCAAACCACGUUGGUAUCCACGGGUAUUUAUGGGAUUGUGCGACUAGUGGCAGUUUUCAUCGCCAUGUAUUUCAUUGUGGAUCGCUUCGGUCGAAAGCCUAUGUUGAUUAUCGGAAGCGCGUUCAUGGCUCUAUCUAUGUGGCUCAUUGGUGCAUUCGUGAAGGUUUUGGGAACUGAAGUCGAUGAUGGCAGCUCACUCAGCUCGGUGUCGUAUGCAGCGGCUUUUUUCAUUUUCCUUUUCGCAGUCUCAUUUUGCUUCAGCUGGGCUGGAGUGCCGUGGAUCAUCUGCGCUGAAAUAUAUCCGCUACAAGUUCGUGGAGUUGCCGUGGGUAUUUGUGUGGCAACCCACUGGCUUUUUAACUUCGUCAUCGCACGAAGCGUGCCGUAUAUGAUUUCUGACAUCUCUUUCGGCACGUACUUUGUCUUUGCGGCAUGCACGACUCUAUCGAUUCCAUUCGUUUGGUUCCUAAUCCCUGAGACUAAGGGCUUGUCUCUUGAGGAAAUCGAUAUCAUAUUUGAGCGCCAGCCCUCUGGAUUUAAUCAGAGAGGCGUAUCUGGCACUAAUGAAGUAUUCAACCAAAAGGCAGCUGUGGAACAAGUCGAAACUGUCUAG